AUGUCCUUCGGUUUCUCAGUAGGAGACAUAAUCCUCCUCGGCCAGAUCAGCUAUCGGCUCUACACUUCCUUAACGACCGGCCGUAAAGCAGCCUCAAAAGAUCUGAAAGAGCUCAGCGAUGUCCUCUUCAGCCUCAACUGCGCUUUAGACCGCCUGGGGAAGACCGCAACGGAUAUCUCAUCCAGAGCCUCAAAGCAGCCAAGUGUAGACGGCGAGACAGCGAACGGCAAGCUAGGCAAAGUCAUCAGCACCUGUGCAGCCACCCUAGCCGAGCUGGAAGAAGCGACCAGGAAAUAUAGAGAAGCAGAGGCAAACAGUCAGGAUGGAGGCUCACAGACGUCAACAUCUUCGAGCAGCUUACAACGUUUUCGACAGAGAUUCAAAUCACAGCUGAAUAGAAUAUCCUGGGAUCUGAAUGGGGAGUCGAUCAGCGCUUAUAGACAGAAGCUGCAGUUGCACACGGACUCAAUUAAUAUCAUUCUGACCACUUUUGUCUGGUCUGCAACCGAUCGCAUAGAAAAUGACGGCAAAAAGUGGACGCAAAAGCUACAGGAGCUCCAAGAUCAAACCACACAUAGCAACACGCAGCUACUGGACCUUCUGCGAGAUGUGCACAGUAUGCUUCGUGUUCCCACCAGCACAGCAUUUGCAGCCACGGUGAGCAUGCACCAAACGGCAGCACAGCCGCCGGGGGGCAAUCUUUGCAUAGGUGAAUCCAACGCUACUCCCCAAUAUGGCUCCCGUAAUACCCCUAAAUUGGUAUCCAGGUCCCUUCAGGUGGAUAAUAAUAGAAUGCCUAUGAACUCCUACCAGAGAGCAACUGGGAUCUCCGCCCAUGCUGAUCCACCCGCGUCCCAAUUAGAGCCUUCGUCUCCGUUGAAGACUCCUGAGCCCUGCCUAUUCCCGAGCAUUGAAAACAUCAACAAGAAACGUCGAAUCAUAGGCUCGAAGGAGUUUGUAGCGUUCGGGCACAAAUUUUCCGCAUUACAUAAAGCGCCCUCGAUGGCGCAGCUGCAAGAAGGAAUCCACGAAAUAUUCGAUCAAACUGCUGUGUCUGCAAUGGGGCGUACGGUUGUAAACCCAACCACAAAGAAGGCGAAAGUGAUUCAUUGGGUCGACCAGUUGGAUACCUUUCUCAACUCCUGGACGUCCGACCAGACCUUUGGCUCGCGCGGCCGGAAGUCAAGCAGCUCCUCUGCAGAUCUUAUCAAUUUGCUGGUGUACAUGAAUUAUCAGAUUGAGCAGUGUGGCGAUGAACUCAAGGGUAUAUUCUAUCGCGGGGCAAAAGAUGCUGGGUUCGACCGGAUUCUGGAGAAAUUGCAAACGUACUCAAAAUCUGUUCGAUGUUGUAAGGAAAUUGAGGAGUAUAAGGAUACACGGGAAGAGUGGGAGGGAAUCAGUGGAUCACAGUAG